AUGCCUCUGUCUCUAAGUUUCUCCGUCUUUCUGUCUCUCCCUCUUGUUUCUGUCUCUGUCUCUGUCUCUCUCUCUCUCUCUCGUUUCUGGUAUUUUACAGCGCGAGGUCGCUCGACUGAUGGCGGCGGCGGCGCUGUGGUGGUGGCGUUGAUGGGUCUUGUGACCUUGCAUUUUGUGCUGGCGGUGUGGGUGGUUGUCUCCGAGAACACGGGCAGACGCGCCGCCCACUUGUCUGUGAGGAGAAUCGAAGAUCCCGAUGCCAUCGUGCCCAUCGUCCUCAGUGGCAUUGUUCAAAAUACCAACGAUGGCAGCAAUCGUUACACGGCGCGCGGCGCCUUCACCUUCCAGCUCGAACUCCCCAGCAACUGCGGACAUCUUCACCCCAGCCUCGAUAAUCGUCCCCUGGUCGAGGUCAACGCCAUGGGCCCGCCCGUGUUCAACGGCGAACUCGUCACCGUUUGCGGUUCCCUCCGAGCUGAUGACACCAAUCCCAUCAUCGAAGCCGAAACUGCCCUUGCCGCCCCCGUCACGCCUGACACCCCGGGCGUCCAGCUCCAGCCUCUUCAAACCAGCCUCCGAGGCGGCAGCAUCUACGAAUUUGCCGCCUUCAUCUCCCGUUGGUACGCCCAACAGACCUCGAAAAAAAUGCAGGAACGCAUCUGGUACAUGGAUGGCACCACUGCACUGGCCGGCCUCAUUGACCCUCGCUCUGACGUUUAUGGCCGCAUCAAGCUGACUGUGCGCAAUUCCAUCAGCACUAGCGUUCAACGCGCGCUCUGUGAGCGCAUCCUCGCUCUCCACUUGACCGAUGCUGCCAAGCUGACGCACGCAGAACUCAGAGGCGUCCUCAACAGGCUGGAACCUUUUGGAGCCUACGAUGCUCUGCACUACCCCUUCCUCCUGGUCGAGACUUCGCCAGACCUGGCCCGACCCAAACUGAUACACAUCAUCAAACAUCUCGUUCAAGUUCGCCAAGGCCAACAGCCCCAUGAUCUUCCCUCUUCCAUUGCGACCCCACCCACAGAGCUCUGCAACUAUGGCCCUCGCCUCCGCUGGGAUCCAGCAGCGCCCACGGAGGAUGAACCGUGCUCACCGCUUGCCACAUACCCGCGCUCUUUCACGACCGCUGUUCACCUGGCUGCCUGCCUCCAUGUUCUCAUUACUUCCGAGCAUAACCAAACCAUCUCCCUCCCCCUGCGGCUGCUGCUGCAAGAGGCUUCAAAGUUUGCCAAGCAGUUUGACGUGAGCAUUCAAAAAAGUGAUGUGCAGUACCUCCUCGACCACCACGGCGAUCAAAUCAAGCGUGUCAAAGAAUUUGGUGCCGAUCGCUACGUUCGCUCCUCAGCCCAUGAUCGCCGCGAUAAGAUCCUUACUACCCUCAAGAGCAUGUCAGCUCUCCGGCCUCAUUGGGAGGAAGGCGCACAUGGUCGCUCCAUCCAACUCGAAGGACUCGCUGGUGAGGGCAUGUCGCCUUCCCAAAUUGCUGCUUGCAAUCAGCUGCUUUCCCAGCGCAUGGCCGUUUUGACCGGUGGCCCCGGUGUGGGCAAAACCACCGUUCUGCGGGCCCUCGUUGCCACCCUACAGCUCAACCAUAAAAACGUUUUCCUGACGACGUUGUCUGCGCGUGCGGUCCGCAUGAUCGAGGAGCGGACCAUGAUCGAUGCGCACACCAUUCACUCUCUCAACACUCUUAGUGAGAGGCUGAUCUUCCGCAUCACCACAGAGCAAUACUCCGAUCGCAUCGCGGACAUGAGCUGCUUUGUUGUGGAUGAAGCCUCCAUGCUGAGCUUUGAGUGCUUUGAAAUUCUUUUGCGUAAUUUGCCACCCAACGCUAGCUUGUACCUGAUUGGCGAUCCCGACCAACUGCCACCGAUCGAUUCCCCAGGCCUUUUCGGUCAUUUGAUCAACCGUCACAACAUCCCAACCGUUCGCUUGUCGCAGCAAUAUCGCUUUUCUGAAGCAGGCAGCAUUUCCAAACUAGCAACCGCAGCGUCAGCAAAUCAACGAGACUUGCCGGUGCUCGUCAAGAGCAUGCCCCGCUCCUUCAGCGAGCUGGGUGACUCGGACUGCCUGAUCAUGCCCGCGACGGCAUCUGAUCUCGAGCCCAAGCUCAUCUUUCUUUUCGAGAAGCUUCGUGAGCAGUUUCCCGAUCUGGAUUUGCAGCGCGACGUACAGAUUUUGACGUCCUUUCGCGAGGCAGGCAGUGCUUCAGUUUCUCGCAUCAACGGCAUUUUGCAGGACUACUUUGCCCAGCAGCAAAAGCGUCGGAUCGAUCGCCGGUUUAAUUAUGCCUUUGGAGAUCGCGUGAUGCAAGUGGUCAACAAUCGCAAGCACCAGGCCUUCAAUGGCAACAUUGGUCGCGUCUCGCGUCUGGACAAUUACUCCGUGACAGUGCAAUUUGAAGGUACUCGUCGUGAACGCAAGUACUCAUGGGAAGAGGCUCGAAAUGAGCUCGAGCUCUGUUAUGCCACGACCAUUCACAAGGCGCAGGGUUCUCAGUUUCCCGUGGUCAUUGUCAUGAUGGGGGUCGACCCCACUGAGCACGCCCUCAGCGUGGCUACCAAGCCGGCCGUUUACACCGCCAUCACUCGUGCACAACGGUUCCUGGUGUUGUUUGGGAACGAUCGCGUGGCCUCGGAUGCCUUGUCCGGCAAGCAGGAUCGCCUCAUCCGCCAAGGUCGUUAUGCUGUGGCCGGUGAGACCUCGUAGUGAACCUUUUCAACUUCUUGCGGUCUUUCUUUGCCUCUGCUGCCGUGCAGCCACGUGCCCCCUUGAGAUGCACGUGAAUAAGGGCAACUGCGCGAGGUCGCUCUUCAUGCAACAGAUUUGACUUUAUUAUGCUUAAUUGAAACGCG